AAUUAAAAAAAAGGAAACAAAGAAACCUGUCGGAUCUUUUUCCUCACGACACUCUUCCAUCUUCAUCUCCUACCAAUCUUCGACGCCACCAUCUCCAUCUCCAUUCAACCUUCAUCGCUUCUAUUUCCACCUUUAAUCUUCUUCAACUCCGUUUUCCUCCACAUCUCCAUUGAGUUCGUCUCUGUCAUCGGUGAGACAAAAUAACUCGAUUUCAAAUCGGUCCUCCACCAUAAAUCGAGUUACUUGAUUCUUAUGGCUUCUUCUUCGGGUUCAAAGUAUCCUCGUCGUCUCUAUGAUGUUGGCAAAACCCCAAUUCAGAGUAGGAGCAUGAACCAUAGUUGUUUCUUGGCCACCGUUCAAACCGUGCUAGAAUCUGUUGGGGAUGAUGUUGUGUCUGACUUGAGGGAAUCAGCUGUUGGAGUGAUUGUGAAGCUGAAAGAGUUGGAAUACACUUGGUCUGCCUCUUGCGUUCACCAUUUUCUUGUCAAUCAAUUGGCCAUAGAGAGCAGUCAUGAGAUGUGGUCGUUGAUAGAUUCUAUGUCGUUGCGGUUCUCUCUAUAUGAGUUUGAAGAAAUUACAGGACUAAAUUGUGAUCCUUUCGAUAAGGAUGAGAUUUGGGAUGUGGAGCAUGAAAGUUUUUGGCUGGACAUGAAAGUUCCGACUUUAAAAGGUCCUACAUUGAAAGAGCUACAAGCCGUUUUAACUAUUUGCAGAAAUUGGUCUCGAGAGAAUCAAUUGAUGGUAGGUUUGUUGUGUCUGCUAUGCAUUGGGAUUUUUGGAAUUUCGAGCAACAGUAGAAUCCCUUUGCAAUGUGCUAAAAGGGUGAUGGACCCAGAAGCUUUCCAGAGAUAUCCAUGGGGUCGUGUAGGAUUUACCAGCCUUCUUGAGUCUAUUAAAGUACUCACAUAUGAAAGAAAGAAGAGUUACACACUUCAUGGUUGUGUUCAUGUUCUCUUAAUAUGGAUUUUUGAGUCUGUCCCUGGUCUAGGAGAGAAAUUUGGGAACCGGAUAGAAGGAGCUGAUGUCCCUCUUCUGUCAUGGCUGGGGUCUCGUCCGCGUAUCAACUUUUCAGAUUUCUGUGCCCAAGAAAAGCGAAAUCAUGGGAAGAUUCGUGUGAGGCACAUGGUUGUCAAAGCAAUAGAGGAUAGAUAUCCGAAGUGGGAAGAUCAUAAAGUGUCUACUGAGCUAGAUAACAUGAUUCAGGACAUCCUCAAAGGUCAGCUUGAUGAAAAGCUUUGGGAAGUAAUGGCUGCUACCAAAUCCAAGAAGAGAAAAAAUAUUGUGGAUCCACCUGUUGUUCCAGAUACCAUUGAUGUUGGUACUUCUACUAAGCGAAAGAAGGACAAAGCGCAUGUUGAUGGUUGUCACGCAUCAGAUAUGGUUGUAGCUCACAACAUCGCUAUACUUGGGUUGGUUGAAUCGGUUAAGAACCUUAGUGCAAAAAUAGAUGGAAUAGAUGUUAAUGUAGCUGACAAGGUUAGCGAGAAACUGGAUGCAACCAUACAAGCUAAAGUGGAUGCUAAGGUCGGUUUAUAUGAGAAAGAGAUGAUGGAGAAGAUUGCCAUGUUGGUGGAAGACAUAAAGAAUCUGAAAGAGUCUCCUUAUGUAAACAUUCAUACUGAUGUGGCUAACUCCAAUGAUCACAACUCCAUUGCGCAAGAAGAGGAUGAUGAUUCUAGCAAUGCCUUGUCAUGGAUGAUUGAGAAGAAGAUAAAUUCACAAGAUGGUUUACCAAUUCAGUGUGUUGUUAAGAAGGAGAAAAAAACAAGUAAGGCUAUGGAGACGAAGGUGUGUAAGACCAUUGAUGUGAAAAAGAAAGGAAAGAAAGACGAAGUGCCACUGAAGAAAGUGAAGAAGGAAAAAGCAAUUGUCAUCCCAGAACUGAAUGACAUAUCCAUCUCUUCAAAAGACUGGCAGCAGCAUUUGCAGUGGGAAAAGAGUGAAAAGUGUAGAGAAGCGAUCGAAGCACUUACUUCAAUUUUGGAGGAGCCGACACGUAGAAGAAAACCCCAUUUGACGAAGACUCAGUAAUGGCCGUUCGUAGGGGAUUCAACUGUCAAGCGUAUAAUCACUGGUGUCACUCCAUCUACUGUGUCUUAUGACCCAUUUGCUAAGGUCGAGUCACAGAAAUUGACGAAAGUUAUGGACUUCAUUAAGCGAGAUUUGGCCCAAGAGGAAUCUGGCUAUGGUGAGUUUAGCGCUAAGUUUUACUUAAAGAUAAUGGUGCCAAGAAAUGUCUGGCCAACUGAAAAUUACGGCUGGCUGUGUGAUUCACACCUUGCCGCAGCAAUGCUCAUGUUUCACAGACGUUCCAUGCAAUCCUCAUCUCCAUAUGCCUCCCGUCGAAUUGCAUUUCUAGAUCGGUGGUUUGUGAAAUCAUGGGUUAAUGACUUUGAGAAACAGGACAAGAACUCAAUUGAGUUGUCAGAUAUGUACAGCAAGGCUUUCAAUGGAGAAUACCCGGAGCAGUUUGUGACUGGUAAGAAGUGGUUUAAAGAUGUUGACAGCUUGUUCCUCUGCCACAAUAUUAAUGGAAACCACUGGGUUGCUCUACACAUUGAUUUACUUAAGUCAACAAUCUAUGUAUAUGAUUGUAUUCCGGAUGUGGUGAAGGCUCAUAAGGACCUGCAGGAAGAGUGCAGGCCAUUCACGAAAAUGAUUCCUUUGAUUCUUAACAAGAUGCUGCCUCCAACAAAAGGAAAGAAGUCCGAGCAGCAGUUUGCCUUACGUAGGCCCAAGAAUGUUCCCCGGAAUGAUGACCCAGGAGAUUGUGGUGUGUACUCUUUGAAGUACAUUGAAUGUCUGGCUAUUGGAUGUACUUUUCAUGGCUUAAGUGAUGAGAUCAUACCAGCACAAAGAAUGAAGUUGGCAGCUGAGAUCUAUGAAGAGGUUGCAGAGGUUGAUGCUGAAGGAUCGAUUUAAAUGUUGCUGUCUGUUGUCGUAUUAUGUAUAACUUGGAUGAUUUUUUUUUGUAGUAUCUCAAUACUUGUCGUAUUAUGUAUAAUUUGGAUGAUUUUAUUUUAGUACUUGUAGUAUUUCAGUUUU